AACCAUAUGCCUAUGCAAGGACCUGGACCUAACCAACUCAAUAUGACAAACAGUUCCAUGAACAUGCCUUCAAGUAGCCAUGGGUCGAUGGGCGGCUAUAAUCACUCAGUGCCAUCCUCACAAAGUAUGCCAGUGCAGAAUCAGAUGACUAUGAGCCAGGGGCAGCCAAUGGGCAACUAUGGUCCCAGACCAAACAUGAACAUGCAACCAAACCAAGGUCCAAUGAUGCACCAGCAGCCUCCCUCCCAGCAAUACAACAUGCCACAAGCAGGUGGCCAGCAUUACCAGGGGCAGCAGGCACCUAUGGGAAUGAUGGGCCAAGUUAACCAAGGAAAUCACAUGAUGGGUCAGAGACAGAUUCCGCCAUACAGGCCGCCACAGCAAGGCCCACCACAGCAGUACUCAGGCCAGGAAGACUAUUAUGGGGACCAAUACAGUCAUGGUGGACAAGGUCCUCCAGAAGGCAUGAACCAGCAAUAUUACCCUGAUGGUCAUAAUGAUUACGGUUAUCAGCAACCGUCGUAUCCUGAACAAGGCUACGAUAGGCCUUAUGAGGAUUCCUCACAACAUUACUACGAAGGAGGAAACUCACAAUAUGGUCAGCAGCAAGAUGCAUAUCAAGGACCACCCCAGCAGCAGGGUUACCCACCACAACAGCAGCAAUAUCCAGGCCAACAAGGCUAUCCAGGACAACAGCAGGGUUAUGGCCCCUCCCAAAGUGGUCCAGGACCUCAGUAUCCCAAUUAUCCACAAGGACAAGGCCAGCAGUAUGGGGGAUACAGACCCACACAGCCUGGGCCACCACAGCCACCACAGCAGAGGCCUUACGGAUAUGACCAGGGUCAGUAUGGAAAUUAUCAGCAGUGAAAAAGUACUCACAUUCCGGUAGGCAAUAUCUAUUAGCAGCCAUAUUGUCUCCUCAGCACUGUGGACAUCUUCCUGAGAUGCCAACCUCCCAUUCCAUCUAGCUUUUGGAAAAAUCUUGUGGCUGUUUUAUGGUAUACAGUCUUUAUGGGUUAAUUGUUAAAGACUGUAGAUUCUCAGAAACUGAUUUCACAUCUCUACUCUAGAUGGCAAUAUUGGACAGAAAAUACGUGACAACAAUUUGCAGUGAGUUAAGAACUGUAUGUCAGAUAGACUGUUACAGACUGAAAGGUGCAAACAGCUUUGUAUGUUUAUGAAGGUUAUGGGAAUUUAAUAUUUUUUCCACAGAUUUUUUUAGUAGGGGGAAAGGGGAUAUGCACACUUUUUACAGCAGCAAUAUUUUGUAUAUUAAGUUUUUCAUGUGGUGAAUAUGCAAGACAGUACACUACUCACCGGGCAGGAUAAGAAAUCUACUGUUAAAAAUGGGUUGGGGCAUGAUAAGUGCUUGAUUGUAUAAAUCUUGAAAUGGUGUACAACAAAGAUAACUGAAAAAAGAUGGAGAGCAUCAUACAUCACUGAUAGGUUCAUGUACAAAGAAUAAGAGUCCCAGUUAUCUAAAAUGGGAACAUAAUUAAGGACAGCAUAAUAUAGUCUUGUGCAAAGAUUAAUUUUUUUAAGCUUUCCAAUUUUUCUGAGUGAAGCAUUUUUGUAAAAAUUGUUUCUAACAUAGUUUGACAAUUUUCUGCAACAUUUUUUGGGUAACAAGAUAAUAGUUUGGGUUUUACUUCUCCAGUGUUUUGUCACAGCUUUGCAUAAGCAAGCUGUAAUCCCUCUUAAUAAUUGCAAUAACAAAGAAAAUGACAAGUGUUAAUUUUACUUGGCUUGAAUAUGCAAAGAACUUGAAAAGGAAUACGGAGGACAGGACUGUAUUGUAUAAGUAUAUUUUAACCUUUAGUUGAAUAAUUUGUAUGUAUCAAAAUAGCCUAGAAGACUUUGUAAAACCUAUCUAAACUUUCCUAACUGGGAGUUUAUAUCUUUAGAAAGGGGGCAUUUUUUAUGUGUGUCCAUUUUUCUUAUGGGUUAACAGGAGACCAAGGGAUGUUUUAUAACAUCAAAUAUAAAACCUGUUGGUGAGGUAAAUGCCAAAUUUUGUUUGGAACUGCAUUAAUGCUUAUAGUGUUGCAUGUGAGAUAGAGGCAGCACCUUGAUCAAUAGCAUAGUACACAAAAAACCAAUCUGUUUUGAGACUAUCCUGCAACUGUGUAUCAGAUAAAUGGGUGUUCUGUUGUGCGGGAAUAUAUGCAUUCAAGAAUUUCUGGCAACUUUUAUAAAGGAUAAAAAUUAAAAUAAGCCCGGGGUAAAAUAAUAUUUUUUUUUUUUUCAGUUGGUGAUCAUG